AUGAUCAACUUCAAAAUCCCACUGAUGGAUGAAGUGAAAGAAGUCAUAUUGAGUGGAGGUGAAUUCCAACUGGAUGACAAAGGGUACCUGCGUUUCUAUAAAAUGGGCCAGUUUGUGGCAGGCCAGGUGAAUGAUGUAAAUGAUGACAAACCCUGUCAUCAGAAAGAAUUUGGAGAACUUGAAAGGGUUGAUGAAAGCGUUCCACGAUGGAAUGGAGGCAGAAAUCUGGAAUUUUUGAAAGAUUUGAUGGAAGAAGUCAACGUGAGAAUGGAGAAGUUGGUUGGUGAGCAGACCAUAAAAAUAAUGGCAGUCAGAGACUCCCUGUCCGAUGCAGUGAGAGUGAUCAGACGGGAGGCAACAGAAGAAUCAACUGACGAAAAUUCCAUUUGUGUUGCAAAAGUUCUUCGAAUCCUUCUGGCACCCGCCAAUGUACUGACGGGAUCAUUGGCUAAGAAGGUUCAGGUGAUGGUGCAGAAGGUGGUGAAGGACUAUGAGGUACAUCCUGAGAAAAUUCCGCAAGAAAUGGUGCUUAGAGCUCUUCGGGUAGUUAUGAAUCUCCAAAAUGAAUAA